AUGUUUAUGAACUCCGCGAGCCGUUCAUCUUGUUCUCUCAUGAUGUCGACCUCGUCGGGCUCGAUCGCUGCCGCUGGCGACCUGAUGCUCGCGCUGUUGUCGGCCGUCUACAGCCACGGCCGCCACGACGACACCUUCCUGACGUUGACAAGCACGCUGUCCCGGCUUGAAAGCGGAUUGUGUACCGAGAUCAGCUUGGGUCUCGGAAUGGGAUGGGCUGCCUGCACAACGGACGCGGUCUCGAUGCGGGCGGCGUUGGCCCUGGUUCUGAGACUGGGACUGGGACUUGGCUGGCCGUUCGUUGGGAGCGCGCCGCCGCAUCGACAUCUAUAA